UGAAAAAAAUGUAGUAAGCGAAGGCACCAAAGAUGUCUGGAAAUCUAUGCUCCCUAGAAGCACUUUCCUCCUCUUUCCAAGUCCACAGCAAACCAAGCAACAUAUCAUCAUCCCCUCCAGAACAUAAAGCCAGCCAGCCCCAUGCAACCCACUUCAACUUUCAGAAGUUCAAAACCCUUGCUCAAAAGGCAAAAGUGCUUUCAAACAAAACAGUGCUUUUCCACUUUGAGGAAGCACUUUUGAAGUCAUCAGCUUCACUGUUUCCUUACUUCCUGCUUGUGGCCUUUGAGGCUGGAGGGCUUUUGAGAGCUAUGAUCUUGUUUCUCUUGAGCCCUCUAGUUUUUUUGGUUGGUGGAGAGUUAGGCCUAAAUAUUAUGGUUUUUUUGUGCUUUUGUGGGAUUAGGAAGGAUAGGAUGAGGGUUGGGACAGCUGUCCUGCCCAAGUUCUUUUUGGAGGAUGUUGGGAGUGAAGGGCUUGAUGUGGUGAUGAGAUGUGGGAAAAAAGUGGGAGUGAGUGAGUUGCCUAGGGUGAUGGUUGAAGGGUUGUUGAAGGAUUAUGUCGGGGUUGAUGUUGUUGUUGCAAGAGAGCUAAAAGUUGUUGCUGGAUACUUUGUGGGGUUGAUGCAGGAAAAAAAGACUAACUGUUUUGAUCCAAAUGUAAUUUUUGGAGAGGAGAUCAAGACAGAUUCUCAAACUAUUGGCAUAAUUGGUUGCCAAGAUAGUUUUUUGCAGCAUGAGCAACUCUUUUCUCAUUGCAAGGAUGAGAUUUACAUGGUGACCGAAGCUGAGAAGCAAAACUGGAAAACCCUAGCAAAACAAAAAUACCCAAAACCCUUGAUUUUCCAUGAUGGAAGAUUGGCCUUCUUCCCAACCCCAGCAGCCACCUUAGCCAUGUUCAUGUACUUCCCUCUAGGAAUUUUCAUCUGCAUCAUAAGAUUCCUCACUGGCAUUUUUCUCCCUCACAGCAUUUCCUCUCCAAUCUUGGCCUUCACAGGCACAAUCACCACAAUUUCAAAACCCAAAUCCCCAAUUUCCCUAACAAAUGAUGCCCAAAAACAAAGGGGAAGACUUUAUGUCUGCAACCAUAGAACCCUCCUAGAUCCACUCUAUGUCCAACUAGCCAUUGACAAAUCCCUCUCUGCUGUCACAUACAGUUUGAGCAAAGUCAAUGAGAAAAUUGCCCCCAUGAAAACCAUCGGAUUAACCAGAGAUAGAGAGAGAGACGCAAAAACAAUGGAGAAACUGUUGCAACAAGGAGACCUUGUGGUUUGCCCAGAAGGAACAACAUGCCGAGAGCCAUAUUUGUUGAGGUUCAGCCCUUUGUUUGCAGAGCUCACUGAUGACAUUGUUCCUGUAGCCAUUGAUGUGAAAGUAAAUAUGUUUUAUGGUACAUGUGCUAGUGGGUUCAAAAGUUUGGAUCCAGUUUUUCAUUUCAUGAAUCCACAUCCUGUUUACACCCUCCAGCUCCUUGAUAAACUGCCUGAACAAGAAACAUGCAAUCUUGGAGGGAAAUCAAGGUUUGAAGUUGCCAAUCAUGUACAAAAUGAGAUAGGUAAGGCUUUAGGGUUUGAGUGCACCGGUCUCACAAGGAAAGAUAAGUACAUGGUGUUGGCAGGUAAUGAUGGGAGCUUGAAAAGCUCAAGGUGAAUCAGUAGGGAGUAAUUUACAUGGAACAAGAUGUUAUGGUGUCGGUGUUUCCAUGACUUGUAAGUCCUUCUCCAGUAUGUGACCAUCAGAUCUAUAAAUGUAAGCAUCAAUUAGGUAUUAUCUAUUUGGAAUUGGUUUUACGUGAUCAAGACCCACCAGUGGUCCAAGUGAUCCACAAACCAUUGGCUGUGAGCCUAUAUGAUUACGUGAGCUUAUCCUCUUGUAAAAUAACCAUGUACUUGGUUGUAUCAUAUAUGAUAAGUUGUUUUAUUUUGUUUAA